UUCAACACAACAGAACCAGUUACAAUGCAACAAACAUCCUCAAAAUUACCAAACAUGCCUCAAGAACUCUCUAUCACCUCCACCACCACCACCACCACCACAACCACAGUCACAAACACAAAGAAGCUAACUUUGAUACCUCUCAUAUUUCUUAUCUACUUUGAAGUAGCAGGUGGGCCUUAUGGAGAGGAGCCAGCAGUACAAGCAGCAGGACCCCUUUUAACUAUCAUUGGUUUCUUGGUGUUCCCUUUCAUAUGGAGUAUCCCAGAAGCUCUUGUCACAGCUGAGCUCUCCACUGCUUAUCCUGGCAAUGGUGGCUUUGUUAUAUGGGCAGAGCGUGCCUUCGGCCCUUUCUGGGGUUCACUAAUGGGAACAUGGAAAUUCCUCAGUAGCGUUAUCAAUAUUGCUGCUUUCCCAGUUCUUUGCAUAGACUAUAUGAAGCAAAUAAUCCCUGCUAUUGAGUCUGGCUUGCCAAGGUACCUCGCACUUUUGUGUUCAACUUUAGGCCUUUCUUUUCUUAAUUACACUGGUUUGACAAUUGUUGGUUAUACUUCUGUGGUACUUGCUGUGGUUUCACUUUUGCCAUUUAUAUUCAUGUGCUUGAUUGCCCUCCCGAAGAUCAAACCUCAUAGGUGGCUCAGUUUGGAACAUAAAGAUGUUAAGAAAGAUUGGAACUUGUUCUUUAACACCCUUUUUUGGAACUUAAAUUUCUGGGACAAUGUUAGUACUUUUGCGGGAGAAGUUGAUCAGCCCCAGAAAACUCUUCCAAGGGCUCUUUUUAUUACUGUGAUUUUCACUUGUUUGGCUUACGUGUUUCCACUUUUGGCCGUCAUUGGAGCUCUUUCUGUGGAGCCAAGUGAAUGGGGAGCUGGGUUUAUGGCCCAGGCUGCAGAAUUGAUUGCUGGGAAAUGGUUGAAAAUCUUUCUUGAAGUUGGUGCUAUGUUAGCAGCAAUUGGGCCUUUUGAAGCCCAAUUAAGCAGUAGUGCUUUCCAACUUUUGGGCAUGGCUGAUAUUGGAUCUUUGCCUCAGUUUUUUGGACUAAGGUCUAAAUGGUUCAACACCCCUUGGGUUGGAAUAUUGUUAUCAACUUCUAUUUCACUAGGGGUUUCAUACAUGAAUUUCACUGACAUUAUAUCCUCAGCCAAUUUCUUGUAUAGUUUGAGCAUGUUGCUGGAGUUUGCUUCAUUUGUUUGGUUGAGGAGGAAGUUCCCAAGGUUGAAGCGGCCGUUCCGGGUCCCAAUGAGGCUGCCAUUGCUGGUGGUCAUGUGCUUGAUACCAUGUGGAUUUUUGGUAGUGAUAAUGGCUAUUGCUACUAAGAAAGUUUAUUUAGUGAGUGGUAUAAUGACAGUUGCUGGGAUUGGAUGGUACUACUUGAUGAAACUUUGUAAGUCAAGGAAGUGGUUUCAAUUCAACACUGGUGUUGAAGUUGUAGUAGAAGAAAAUGACCACGAGAGGGUGGCAGGUCAUUUAUUACAAAUUGACACCUUCUGACAUGUUCAUCCUACUAGAAAGAACUGAACUCUGUGAUUGAAGCUCCUAGUUGUGGGCGACACUUGAACUUGCACUUUAUAAGCAAAAAAGUUUAGUUUCAUCAUAAGGAGUUGUAAUCUCUAGCUCUAUUUGCAGAUGUUGAU